AUGUUUCUAGACUUAGUAUUCAAUUUUUGUUGCUCUAAACGGCAGAAAGAUGAUAAAGAUACAAAAUCUCAAAAUAGUAAUAAAAGUUAAGAGGAGUAAAUAAUUGAACAGAAAAGGAUUGAGUUAGACCUUGGAAAAGGAUGUACUAAUUAGAUAUAAAGUAGUAAAAUAUUGAAUUUUAUAAGAAUCAAAACCAUAAUCAUCAAUAGUAUCGCCAACUGACAAUUAUUUCUAAUUGAAUGAUGAGAAACAAUAAAAAAAGAGUAGUUUUGAAGAGGAUAAUAUUGAAGAGAAUCAAUUUAAUUUUUAAGAUGAUGAAUAGUUAAAAUUGAAUCAUAACUAUGAAAAAGAUCAUUUAGGAAAACGGUAAACAAAAAUGAUUUAUAAAAAUUUAUAGUUCUAAGUCUUAAGAGAAAUAAGAGAAAGGUUUGAAAAAGAAAAUAAGCAAAAACAAAGAAAAAAUUGAUAGUGAUAAAAGAGUUGUGAAAAUAUGGUAACCAGAAGAAGAUUAGAGAUUAAGGAAACUAUAUCAAGAAUAUUAAGGUAAUUGGAAUAAAAUAAUUUAAUUUAUGCCAGAUAGGAAUAUUUCAUAAUGUUCUUAAAGAUGGAGAAGGAUUAAUCCAAUAUAAGUAUAUUAAUUAUUUUAUUUUAGAGUAAAUAAAAGUGGACUCAAGAUGAGGAUACAAAAUUAGUUUCUAUGGUAUCACUUGAAGGCAAAAAUUGGACUAAAUUAGCUAAACAUUUUCCUGGAAGAACAGGAAAAUAGAUUAGAGAAAGAUAUCUUAAUAAAUUAGAUCCAAAUCUUAAUUUUGUUGCAUGGACAGAAUAAGAAGAUUAAGAAAUAGUGAAAUAUUAUAAUUAAUAUGGAGCUAAAUGGAGUUUAGUUGCUUAANUAAUGAAUGAACGCAUAAAUAGAAAUAUGGAAAUUAAAAUAAACAUAAAAUAGUUUUACUGA